UAAUAAUAAUAAUAAUCUGAUCACGAGCGAGGCAGGAGAACUGUCACGCAUACAUAUUUAUAUACAAAUAGAUCUUCCCUUCCCUGCGCUGCAAUCCCUCACUCCGUGCUCUCCGCUGUUAGGUCGUCCCAACCAAUGGCUCCAGCUACCACUCCGCGAUAUUACGAGUACUCAGAUGAAGAAGAAGACGACCAAGAAGGCGACAUGAUGAUGACCCCAGAACAAAGAGAGACGUACUGGAAGAUGGUUGAGGAAAGAAGCGGAUUCGAGGUCCCUGACUUUCCACCAGGGCUGGAUCUUGGUCAGAUAGUACCGAUUAAAAACAUGAGAGGCCUCAUGAAGGAUUUGAAGUUUUGCUGUCAGUUAGUGAUCGAGCAUUAUAUACGGGAGGAGGGUAAAACGAUCAAAUUUAUGAAAAUAUUGAAGGCAAACGGGCAGAUUUGUGCUCCAAUAAAUUACUACAUCACCUUCGAGGCGAAGGUUCUUAGUGGCAAAGUCGACGUGUAUCAAGCUCUGGUUCACCUCAAAUGCAAAAGAGAGAAAUCGAAAGUGGGCAUCAUGCGGCUCAGACCCCAAACGGGGAAUCCAACUGUCACGGGGUCAUCAUCUUGCAGCACCCCCUGUGCUGCUCCGGAAGAGAGACUGGAGGUGGAUCAUCAUGCGGCCCGAACCUGAUACGGGAAACACAAGGCUCAGGGAAGCAUCAUCUCUCAGCAGCCCAUCUCGUGUGCUGUUCUGGAAGAGAAACCGCAGGUGGAUCACCGUGCAUCUCGAACCCGAUAUGGGAAAAAAUUCAAGGGCCAGGGAUAGUGAAGCAUCACCUUGCAGCAGCAAGCUUUUUAAAUGAAAGCAAAACGGGCCCGAUCGUGUGCUUUGCAAUGUUUAUGACUCUCCUACAUUAACCUCAUAUCCUAGGAAUCGUUAAGAUGUAACAUUGACCCACUGAAUAUAUCAAUUCAGUGAGGUUAAAAUGAACAUAAUAUUUUGAACGAAAAUUAUGAUAAUGUAUUUUUUUGAGCAUCUACUUAUAAAAUAUA